AUGAAUAAGCAAGAUACACAAAAUUCUGAAAACCAAGCCGACUCUGCUACCAAUACCCAGACAAACACUGAUUCCCCCGUUGAUCGUAUUGAAAAGAGGGCAAUGCCUUCUCCAAUCUCACCCCAUCCAGUUCACGUAGCUGAGACCGUUUCUAUCCCAGUCCUCAACAAUCAAAUGGACUAUGCUCUCGACGCACCGGAGGUCCAUGCCCCCGGGCCCGAAACCUCCAACACCAGUGUUGAACUUGACUACGACCCGGAAACCGCCGCUACUACCUUUAUGGAGCAGCCAAAAUUGCAGCAGGCAACCUCAUCGGCUUCCAUUUCGGAAGCCACAAAUGAUAGUAGUCCAUCAUCUUCCUCUUCGCCGCCAUCUGUGAAUAAGGCUCCUGCACCCACCGAGAUUGUCCAAAACAACCGCAGUAUCCCGACGGAUGUCGACCUACAAGCUCUGUUGACAAGUUUGUCACCCACCGUUUCUCAACACCCGGUGUCCUUGCCAGGCACUCAGACACCGCCAGCAGCUCCCACUGCCCAGACCCCUCCCUCUCAGCCGAAGUCGGCCUCCCUUCCACAGCCACCCGCGGCUGCUCAGGUAGCCCAGUCGCAGGCCCAUGCCCAACCGACACAUCCCCUCCCGGCUCCACCAGCGACGUUUGCUGGUUCCAGUAAUACAGGUGCAGUGCAUUCAAACCACCCGGCCGGUUAUCCCGCCUCUCUACCAUUGCCUCCAAACUUUAACCAACAUCGUCAAUCGGCCGUCCCAGGCUCUCCAACCGAAACUGAUGACAAUGAGGAGGAAUCCCGUCCUUUUACAGCCGAUGAAGAGGAUGAGUAUGAAAGGUUUCUCUCCGAUGAGCGUGAUUAUGUGACUCAAGGACAAUGGGAUAGAUUUCCUGCGGGCUCUCGAUUGUUCAUUGGUGCGCACCCUCCGAUGCAGAUAUCCCAUGCACCCCAGUUUUGCGGUUGUUUCACAAAAAUUUGCCCAAUAAUGCUUACGUUGAAUGCGCAGGUAAUUUGCCCACAGAGAAAGUCACCAAACGUGAUCUGUUCCGUAUAUUCCACCGACAUGGCCGGUUGGCACAAGUGUCUAUCAAACAAGCCUACGGGUUUGUCCAGUUUCUCGAUAUAUCGUCUUGUGCAGCGGCCCUCCGUCACGAACAAGGUUCAACGGUGAGAGGACGUAAAAUGCGUAUGAUAUCCAGCCCGUCUCUUCUCCCAAGAGGACAGAAGUCCUCUUUAGAAAAUUUCCAUAUACUAAUUUGACCACGUGACUUGGGUUGUAGACCUCGAGGUUUCAAAACCACAGAGAAACACACGUCCGGCCCCAAGUGCUGAUUCUCAACGUGGGAGUCGCCGCUCUCGCUCCCCCGAUUACGGUCGGCCGGCUUCUCCUAGGGGGAGAGGCAAUUUUCGUGGGGGCCGUGGUGAUUUCAAUGAUCGUAGUUUCAGACGGGAUGCCCGAGACCGUGAUUAUGAGUAUAAUCGCAGAUCCCCACCGCCAAGACACAGAGUUCGUGAUGAUUGGCGGCCCAGCCUCCGUUCGCGCUCACGUUCUCCACCACCACCCAGAUAUCGUGUUCGUAGCCGCUCUCCUCCCGGUGAAACCUUACCUCCUAGAAGGGAGCCCAAGGACGUUCCUGAUGUCCAGGCAAUUGUCACCGAUGAGCUUGACAGGUUUGCCACCACAAUCUCGAGCGUUGUAUGUUAGUUUGUCAGCUAAUCGUUAUCUCUGCAGGAAUUUUAUCUGGUGGGUUGAGAAGGCGUUUAGAGCGCGCAGUCUCACAUACGACUUGUUGUACCUACAUCCCAGGAUGCCUCUCGAUUCCGUCAUAAAGCAGCAGAUCCUUGAGGGGGUUCAAGCAAUUGUCUUCUUGGAUGGUCAGAAGCAGAGAGAGAGUUCCAUUUCUCUCCAGGUUUUCAAUAGACACGGUUCUGCAGAGGCUGGUUAUGACCGUUCGUCCCCCUUGAAUUCACGGGGCCUCUUUAGGUGAUAACGACAAGGACUGAUGAACGGUGAAUAGGCUACGAUAACAUUGAACCCGCAAUCGGUGCCGAGCUGGUGAUUAGAGCGAAGCAGGCAGCCGCUCAGCCUCAAGUUUCCACUACGCCAUACGCAUACAUGUCUCAACAGCCUUUCGCGCAGCUUGGGAGUCUGUUGAGUUCGAUGGAUCCUGGGACUCUCAAUCGAUUAUUGACCGGUCUUCAAUCUCAGGCUCAGCCGCAAGGUUUGCAGCAGAAUCAUAUCGGCCAGCAGCAACCACCGCAGCAGCCUCCCUCUCUGGCCCCGGAUCUUGCAGCCUUACUGGCACAGGCAACCUCUAACCUGGGACAAGCCAGUGCCGCCCAACCAUACAACGCUCCUCCUCAACUCGGUGUCAACACUGGGUACGGGUCGAACGCACCAGCUGGACUAGCCGCUCUGUUUGCCAGCCAGGCCCACAGUCCUGCCCAAGCGUCCCAUCCCACCCCCACCCACCUAACACCCCAGCAGCAGCCCCCACCCGGCCAGAUGCAAAACAUCAUGGAGACGUUGGCGAAGUGGAAGCAAGGAUAG